AAAAGCAGCGGGCUCAUUCAAAAAUUACAAAAUUAAAAUCUACGUAACUUCAACUUCAGCAUUAAAAUUAGUCAUAGUUAAAGCAACCUCUCGCAUUAGUACAAAGCAAAAGAAGCACAAAAUGAUCGGAUUGACUAUUGUUUAUCAAGCUCUACUCGUCUCAUCAUUUGUACUCCUAACAUGCUGCUUUUUGUCACUCCAGGAAGAGCAAGCUUUCAUUACAUCGAUCCUAAACCAAACCACCAAAAACACGCCUCAUACCAACAUGACGAACAACACUGUCUUUCUCUACUUUGAUCUCUACCAACUUCUCGGAAUUGACGAAAAAGAAGGAACAGUAAAUAUCAAGGUGUGGCUCUAUACAUUUUAUUAUUUACCUCAUUUAGCCUGGGAUCCCACUAUGAAUAACAUAUAUAUGAUUCAACUGCCUCCUAGGAGUGUAUGGACUCCUGAUUUGGUUCCAUUUGAUGCCACAGAAGUAAUUUACGAUGGAUAUUCAGAGCAGGUGAUAGUGUACAAUGGUUUGAUCGUUCCCAGGAGCAGUACAGCCAAUGUUAAGAUGACAUGCAGCAUCCAAGUCAAGUACUUUCCCUUCGAUUCUCAGGAAUGCCACUUCAUGAUCGGGCAGUGGGCAAACACCCACUCUGCAUUCAGAUUGGGAAGAGACCCUAUAGUCAAUCACCCCACAAAAAUUGACCUGUAUAACUUCCAUCAAAGCGGUCAAUGGCACCUAGUUGAACCAGUCAACUAUUCAAUAGGCAACCGAACUUUCCGAAACUUCACUGAAUUCUGGAACUACGAUUGUUACGAGUAUGUUAUGAUUUUCAACCGAGUGCCCACAUUUUACGUCACUGUCAUUCUGAUUCCUGCAAUCAUGAUGGGAGCUAUGUCAAUCCUGGCGCUGAUUCUUCCAGUCGAGUCUGGAGAGAAAAUAUCACUCGCGGUCACGAUCCUUCUAGCUCAAGUUGUGGAGCUGUUGGUUCUGUCUGACAUUCUGCCUCCCAGCACCGAAGAAGACUUUCCGAUCGCGGGAUCCUUCGUAGUCUUCUUAAUAAUUCUAGCUUCGAUUUCGCUCCUUGUUACGGUUAUAUCGUCGACUAUUUAUUAUACACCUCCGUGCAAAAGAGUUCCAAGAUGUAUCAUUAUGGUUAUUAGUAGCAGAGUAAUGGAUAUAUUUUUCAUUGCCAAACUGAAGUUGCCAAAAAAGGUAACAAAAAAGAUCGAUAAGGUGGCACCACAGUCCAACGACAACGAGAAAACCAAGCGAGAAGCAUUUGUCAAAGAACACAAAGAGCCUGAACCAUAUCCAGAUGAUCAAGAAAUCAACUCGGUCGGAUGGAAAAUGUUCGCAGCCCUGAUCGAUCGAAUAUUUCUCAUUUGUUAUACGACUGCUUUAAUAUCAGGAGCUAUAUACUUUUACAACAGAGCACAGUCUGGAGAUUGAAGACAAUCUCUUCGACUCUUGAGCAGAAAACAGUGAAUUGUAAACUAUCUGCUAACCUUGACUCCCAGCAACAACUUGGAAUUUUAUCAAUUCUUCAGGCUAACCAAAGAUUUAGGUAGAAAUUAACCAAAUAACUAAAAUUGGUUUCCCAAUACAGCCGAGUUCUUU